AUGACUCCCACAAAUGUCACUGUCUUUACUGAAUUCUACCUGCUGGGAUUUCCAGGACUCCAUCCACAGUAUUAUGGAGCCGUGGGAACCCUUUUGUUCUUUGUCUACUUGACACUAGCAGGAGGAAAUUUCUUUAUCAUUUCAUUUAUUGCUUGUGAGAGAAGCCUUCAGAAACCUACCUAUUUUAUCUUCUGUAAUCUUGCAGUGUCUGAUCUUGCUUUUGGAACCAUCACGCUGCCUAAAGCCAUUGCAAAAUACCUUUUCAAUAGCAGUGAGAUACCAUUUUAUAGCUGCUUUGUGCAGAUGUUUUUUGUUCACUACUUAGGGACUAUUAACUCUUUCCUAAUGCUAUUAAUGGCCAUUGAUCGGUUUGUUGCAGUGUGUAACCCACUGAGAUACUGUGUCCUUAUUACAAAUAAGUCUAUUUUAUUGGCAUGUGCAGUGAUUUGGAUCAUUUGUAUUUCAUGGCUGUCAGUCAUUGUUUAUCAUGCCUUCGAUGAGCCCUACUGUGAUUCUAAUGUAAUAACCCAAAAUUACUGUGACCAAAAUUCGAUAAUUAAACUGUCUUGUGGAGAUGUAAGACAGAAAAAGGUUUUUGCAUUUUCAUGUGCCAUGUUUGUUCUUUUGGGCCCUUUGAUUUUUAUUAUAUUUUCUUUUAUUGCUAUCAUCACGUCUGUUUUCAAAAUCUCAGAUGUUCAGGCCCGUUAUAAAACAUUCUCAACUUGCACUCCUCAACUAUUUAUCAUUUGUCUGUACUAUGUGCCCAGAUGUGUUGUUUAUGUGCAUGAUGUGACAAUAGCGAUCUCACCUGGCAUUCGGGUUAUGUUAAUCAUGUGGUACAGUCUUCUUCCACCUGUUGUCAAUCCAGUGAUUUACUGCUUCAGAACCAAAGAAAUCAAAGAUGCGUUAAAGAAAAAAUUUAGAGACAGGAAAGUGAACAUGCAGAUAUGA